AUGUUAAAUCUGUGUCAAUCCAAAUGCCCAGAUAUUUAUAGGCAAGAACCCGAUCGAUGGGAGAACCAUUCAAUACCUGGAGGGAUAAUACCUGGAGGGACAAUACCUGGAGGGAUAAUACCUGGAGGGAUAAUACCUGGAGGGAUAAUACCUGGAGGGACAAUACCUGGAGGGGUAAUACCUGGAGGGGUAAUACCUGGAGGGAUAAUACCUGGAGGGGUAAUACCUGGAGGGAUAAUACCUGGAGGGACAAUACCUGGAGGGGUAAUACCUGGAGGGAUAAUACCUGGAGGGACAAUACCUGGAGGGGUUAUACCUGGAGGGAUAAUACCUGGAGGGGUAAUACCUGGAGGGGUAAUACCUGGAGGGAUACCUGGAGGGGUAAUACCUGGAGGGAUAAUACCUGGAGGGGUAAUACCUGGAGGGAUACCUGGAGGGGUAAUACCUGGAGGGACAAUACCUGGAGGGAUAAUACCUGGAGGAAUAAUACCUGGAGGGAUAAUACCUGGAGGGGUAAUACCUGGAGGGGUAACACCUGGAGGGAUAAUACCUGGAGGGAUAAUACCUGGAGGGGUAAUACCUGUAGGGACAAUACCUGGAGGGGUAAUACCUGGAGGGGUAAUACCUGGAGGGGUAAUACCUGGAGGGAUAAUACCUGUAGGGACAAUACCUGGAGGGGUAAUACCUGGAGGGGUAAUACCUGGAGGGACAAUACCUGGAGGGAUAAUACCUGGAGGGAUAAUACCUGGAGGGAUAAUACCUGGAGGGACAAUACCUGGAGGGAUAAUACCUGGAGGGAUAAUACCUGGAGGGACUAUACCUGGAGGGAUAAUACCUGGAGGGACAAUACCUGGAGGGUUAAUACCUGGAGGGAUAAUACCUGGAGGGAUAAUACCUGGAGGGACAAUACCUGGAGGGACAAUACCUGGAGGGAUAAUACCUGGAGGG